AUUGCCAUCCGCAGAGCCAAAUUUCUUACAAUAACAUUACUGAUAAAAGCAUGUUUUUAUUUUAUAUACGUAUGCAUGAGCAAUUUUACGCAACAGUAAAUGCGUAGGCACUUAUUCAAUCACAACAAUGGGUCCGGCAGUAGCUGUAACAUAGCAGCUGAUAUUGCGCACUUUGACCCUCUGGUCUGUCUGCAGUUGCUCACUCUACUAGAGCAAAAUUUUAAAUGCAAGAUCAUGACUGAAGAGGCUUUUGAUGUGAUCGUGGUUGGUUCCUGUAUGACUGACUUGGUGAGCAAGGCACCAAGGCUACCCAAAGCAGGGGAAACCAUCCACGGCCAUAAGUUCUUCAUCGGCUUUGGAGGAAAAGGGGCCAACCAAUGCAUUCAGGCUGCAAGACUGGGGGCUAAGACUGCUAUGGUCUGCAAGGUUGGUAAAGACUUCUUUGGAGACAAUUAUAUCCAGAAUUUCAAGGACAAUGGCGUACACACAUACUUUGUAGGGCAGACCUCUGACGCAGCCACAGGAGCUGCCUCCAUCAUUGUCAACGAUGCAGGUGAGAAUGCCAUUGUGAUUGUGGCCGGUGCCAACAUGCUACUAAGCAGCAAGGAUCUACAGGAAGUUGUUCCAGCCAUCAGCUGUGCAAAAGUGCUGGUUUGCCAGCUGGAGAUCAGCCCGACAACAUCUUUGCAGGCACUACGCAUGGCUCAGGACAACAAAGUGAAGACAAUAUUCAACCCAGCGCCGGCCAUUGCUGACUUGGAUCCAGAUUUCUACAGAGCCUCUGAUGUGUUUUGCUGUAAUGAGUCUGAGGCUGAGCUGCUGACUGGUUCCUCAGUAGCUAAUGUGGAGGAAGCAUCUCGGGCCGGGCAGGAGCUGCUGAAGCGAGGCUGUGGGUCAGUCAUCAUCACGUUGGGACCCCAAGGCUGCGUGGUGCUCAAGGCAAAGGAGUCUACCGCUAAACAUGUUCCAACAACGAAAGUCAAAGCAGUGGACACUACGGGUGCCGGAGACAGCUUUAUUGGAGCACUGGCAUUUUACAUGGCUCAUUAUCCCACAAUGCCUCUGGAGGAGGUUGCCCGAAGAGCCAAUCAAGUGGCAGUAGUGAGUGUGCAGGCCAUCGGCACACAGACGUCUUAUCCCUUCAAAAAGGACCUACCAGCCGAGCUGUUCUGAGAGCAGCAAGUCAGCAAACUGACACUAAUAACUGGACAUGAUCUUGAAUGUCUUAUUGAACUGGGAACACAACUUUAUUAUUAAAUGUGCUGCCUUCAGAAACUACUGAGGAUUGUAAAUCUAACAAAUGUUUUGUUUCUUUAUAAAGCAGACCAUGACUUAAAUUUGACUGUCAAUAUAACAGUUAUAUGUAUAGUGCCUAUAUGACAACAAGCCUGCUUCUAACACAGACAAGACAAGCAUCUAAACACUUAUACGGCACAUUAUUGACUUAAUUUAUUUGAUUUCCUCAAGUAGACAAGUGAGUGGUUUACGUACAGUUACCCAGUUCUAAUAAAAAAUGUACAACACUUGACUGAAGCAUAAUGAGUGAUACUGUAUAAAGCAGCACCAUAAUUAUGUCAUUCCAUGACUACACAGACAAAAACAGCUGUGUUGGUCCCAAUAAAUAGCAUCUCUUUGACA